CCCUAUACUCGUGAUCAAUCUGUCAUUUUAAAAACAAAUGGCUGAAUUCACAGAAAAUUUGCAAAACAUUUCCUCAUCAUCUCCAUUCUUAGACAUUGAUCCAAGCAUGGAACUCCUAAACCAAUUCAUAGGGAUGAACCAAUUAUAUGUGCUAGACAACUCAAACUUGAUGCCUUAUUUCUCCUGUGAUACCUUCUUGGGCCCCCAAGAACCUGAGUUUCCAGGAAACUUGGAAGAAGAUUUUCCUUUUCUCUUCCAUCAUGUCAACCACAAUGCACCUCCUGUUUCCCUCCCCAUUUUCCAAGCAGAAAAUGAGAUCCAUGAAGGUAAUAAGAGGAAAUCAAUGGAUCUUCUUGAGACCAGUUUUGCUAAUUCAACUUCUGCAGUUUCUGAGACUGGAAGCAAGAUCAAACAUAGUUCUGGAAGAGGAAAGAGACUGAAAAACAAUGUUACAGAAGAAGAGGAGAAAGCAAAGGAAGUGGUUAAUGCCAGGGCUAGAAGAGGUCAAGCUACUGAUAGUCACAAUUUAGCAGAAAGGGUUAGAAGAGGGAAAAUCAAUGAGAAAUUAAGGUACUUACAAAAUAUUGUUCCAGGAUGUUACAAGACAAUGAGUAUGGCAGUAAUGUUAGAUGAAAUCAUAAACUAUGUGCAAUCCUUGCAGCAUCAAGUAGAGUUCCUUUCUUUGGAGCUUACAGCAGCAAGUACCUUUUAUGACUUCAAUUCCGAGAUAGAUGCUUUUGAAACAAUGCAGAGAUCAAGGGCAUACGAGGCAAAAGAGUUAGGCAAGUAUAAAAGAGAAGGACAUGGAGGAGUUUCUCUCCUUCAACCAACAUGGCACCUUUGACUUCAGUUUUGGAUAUGUUUUAACUCAGCAGCCAUAUUACAAGACAUGAGAUCACAUUUCAUCUUCUCUUUUACUUUCUACAAAGAUCAAUUUGAAAAUGAAAGUUAAUAAAUAAAUAGAAAAAACCUACAUUUCAUUUUUUUUUUUGUGGAAUAGUGGUUGGUUGCAGUACUUGCAGAUUUGACAAUAUAUUGCCAAACACAUACACCAAUAAUCAUAGCACAAAAUAACAACAAUCAUACGGGAAAAAUAAAUAACAAGAAAAAAUUUAUGUCAUGUAUUUCUGUCUACGACUGAAGCAUAUAUGUGCAGUAGUACUCUAGGCUAGUUAUUAAUUAAUCAAACAAUAAUUGGAAUUAAUUGCCACUUUACAUGUAAA